AUGAAGGAAGCGCAGCAGGAAGGGAGGAGAAAUGAGCCCGGGCUUCCUUCUCUUAUCACUAGUUCUCUUUCAUAAACACUAUUUAAACGUGCUAGCUUCUUGCUACGCGUGCCAAUACAUCAACACACUUUUUAAAGGUUUAAACAAGUUAGUUUUCUAAGUUUUCAAGUUAGUAACGAAAGAUCCCGGUUCUCCUGCUGAACGCGUGAAUGAAAGAAAAGCGAAACGCGUGAAGUGCUGGAACACACGGCACAGAAGAGAAAGGGUCUCUUGAGGUCAAUGGCGCGCUUCUGGAGGACGUACACUCAUCUGUUAUCUGUCAGCAGAAAGACUGCUCUGAAGAUUAGUCAGUGAGUUACCGUUCCUCUUUUCAACUCCAAUCAUCCAAGACAAGGAGCGGUUUCUUCUGACAUAGUCUGAACCAACAGAAUCAGGAUGUCAUCUGAGGAAGAAGAUGCCUCAACCAGUAACAGUGGUCAAUCAAAAAGUAGGCUGAAGAGCAAGAAGCCACCAAGUCUGAUGAUUGCAAUUCCCAAACCAGAGGCUGACAAAAAGUUUCUACGGCCUUCUUUUAAGAAGAGUGUGAGUCUACAGCAGUCAAGUGAAGGAUUAUCAGACAGCAGUCCAUCUUCAAGGGAUCGGCGGAAAACAUUCAAGAGGCAAACGUCACUGUCUCAGAGCAUUCGCAGAGGUACAGCUCAGUGGUUUGGAGUGGGCAGUGAUAGUGAAUCCAAACAACAAGAAUGGCACAGGAAAAGUCUCCGACACUGCAGUCAGAGAUACGGAAAACUGAAGCCUCAGUACUGUGAACAGAAUGAGGCAGCCAGCAUAGAUUACGGCCCGGAGUCACCAGUGGCCCCCAGAAUGCCUAAGAUUGUGGAUCCUUUGGCUCGUGGGCGACAGUAUCGUUACGAGGAGUCUGAGCGACCGAGGACACCCCACACAGCCUAUCCUCCUUUGACCCCAGGAGUGACCUCUCUCUGCUCGUUCACCAGCCAGCGCUCUGGUUACAUGCGUUUACCACGGAGACAAAGAGAGUCGGUGGCUCGUAUGAGUCUCCGUGCUGCUUCGAAUCUUCUUAAGGGCCGACAUGGUAUACAGGGUACUCAAAGUGGACGUGGAUUUCAGAGGAGGAGUUUUGCUCGGCCCAGCUGGCUUGAAGAUGACACUGUGGAUACAGCAGACACCUCUGAUUCAGUUUUUUUUAGCAAAGUAGAUGCCCAUGAGGAGCUUUAUUCUAUGGCAGAUGAUGUUUUUGAGUCACCCCCUAUAUCAGCUUCUUGUCAUGUGACCGAUGUUUCUUUGACUGAGGGAGUAUCAUUGCAUAGCUUGGGUAAAAAGGAUGUCAUCAGAACUGUGACUCCCUCUGAGAAAGAAUUUUCUCGCCGUGGCGGUCGUAUUGCUUCCAAAGUGAAGCACUUUGCGUUUGAUAAGCAGAAGCGUGAGUAUGGAAUGGGUGUGGUAGGGAAGUGGCUGAACCGACACUACAGACGCAGUCUUAGCAGCCAAGUACAGAAACAGCUGGAGGAUUUUCAUAGCCAUCGGCCGUAUUUUACCUACUGGAUUACAUUUGUGCAUAUCAUCAUAACAUUGCUGUCCUGCAUUACAUAUGGAUUUGCUCCUGUGGGCUUUGCCCAACAUUCCACCACUCAGCUGGUACUGAGAAACAAAGGAAUCUAUGAGAGUGUGAAGCAUGUACAGCAGGAGAACUUCUGGAUCGGUCCUUGCUCUGAAGAUCUCAUCCACUUGGGAGCAAAGUUUUCUCCAUGCAUCAGACGAGACAGUCAAAUAGUGAAGCUUGCACAACAGGCCAAAGAUCUAGAGAGAGAGUCCGGCUGCUGUGUACAGAACGAUGGUUCUGGAUGUGUGCAGACCCAGAGUGACGACUGCUCGGAGACUUUAGCAGUGUUUAUAAAAUGGAACAAAGAGAAAGGUGCAGUCUGCCAUCAGGACCCAAGGAUUUGUGAAGAGCCAGCCUCAUCAGGACCCCAUGUUUGGCCUGAUGAUAUAACAGAGUGGCCGAUUUGUACAUACCCUAAAACAUGGAACCACACAGGAUACAAACACAUGGACUGCACACUGAAGGGCAGGCCAUGCUGUAUUGGAACAAAAGGAAGAUGUGAGAUUACAACUUGGGAGUAUUGCCGCUUCAUGCGUGGAUAUUUCCAUGAGGAAGCCACACUGUGUUCACAGGUCCACUGCCUGAAUGAUGUGUGUGGCUUGCUGCCAUUCUUGAACCCCAAUGUACCAGAUCAGUUCUACAGACUGUGGCUUUCCCUUUUUCUUCAUGCUGGUUUACUGCAUUGCCUGGUGUCUGUGAUUUUCCAAAUGACUAUACUAAGAGAUUUGGAGAAAUUAGCGGGCUGGUUACGCAUUUCCAUCAUCUACAUUUUUAGUGGUAUUACAGGAAACCUUGCCAGCGCCCUCUUCCUACCAUACAGAGCAGAGGUUGGUCCAGCAGGGUCUCAGUUUGGUUUGUUAGCCUGUCUGUUUGUGGAGCUGUUCCAGGGCUGGCAGAUGCUUGAAAAGCCAUGGAAGGCCUUCCUGAAGCUGUUAGGGAUUGUUCUCUUCCUUUUCUUCUGUGGUCUUCUGCCCUGGAUUGACAACAUUGCUCACAUCUUUGGCUUCCUCAGUGGUCUUCUGCUGUCCUUUACAUUCCUUCCAUAUGUCACGUUUGGCACCCUAGACAAGUAUCGCAAACGAGCUCUUAUUUUGUUGUCUCUGCUUGUCUAUUUGGGGUUGAUGUCCUCACUUAUUGUCUGGUUCUACAUUUACCCUAUAAACUGGUAUUGGCUAGAGCAUCUCACAUGCUUGCCCUUUACCAGCAAGUUCUGUGAACGCUAUGACAUUGAUCAUGUUGUACACUAACUUUUGAUUUUUGUAAACUGCAAGGGACUGAUUAAAGCAGCAACAAUGACUAAAACUGCAAAUCAUGUGAUACUGUAUUUGAGGUACAGCAACAGAACCAAGAGAAUGUAUUAAUAGCCCAUUUAUUCCCAAAGCCAUUCUGAACAUUUCUGGAUAAUGUGCAGGUACACUAAUGUCUAACACAGCAAAAGUGUUCCAAAAUGAUUGCAUGUGUAUAAACGGUGAGAUUUAUUCUGUCAUUUCGUGUUUAAAGACAUACAUAAGGUUCUUAAAAAAUUAGAAGCUUUUUUUCAUUUUACUGAACUAAUUUUAUGUUGAAAUUUCAGUGACGUUCAAAAGAAUAUUUCAUUCUUUGGUCACUUCUCUAGAUAUUUACAAACCUCUGGCUAGGCUAGUAAACCUAGUUUAAAGAACACACUAGUUUUGAGAACAAUAGCUUCCCAUUUUUAUUUUUUUGGAUUACAAGCAUGUGUUUCGGACAACUUAAAAAGGAAAUUAAAUGGACUUGGCAGACAUUUUCUGAAUAGUACGGUAUGUUAGUCAUUUUUUUUUCCAUGAGUCGUUUAAUUUAUCAGUCAUUUUAUCUAUUGUUUUUAUCUAUUGCUUUGCAAUCAAUAGAGAAGCUGUUGUUUACACCAAGCUAUUGAUGAUAAUAGGCAUACUGCAUGCAUAAAAUCAUGUGUGUAUUAAUUUGCAGUCUUCUGUCCACAUUCAAUGUAGUGUUAAACUUGUUCUGAUUUCUAUACAGUGCAUGAUUAUUUACUCAGGACUGCACUUGUGCCUUAAAGAACAGGAGUUCUAUUAAAUCUAACAAUCUGGAAUAUUUUGGUAGAUUUGAUGGUGUACAAAUAUGAUAGCAGGUGGACCAAAAAACUAGUGCUUGAAGUAAUAAUAACAAAAAUAAAGUUUGUACGUUUUAUUUUGUUAAA